AUGGCAUCAGAAGGGAACCUGCGCUCCGUCCUAUCACUGGUUUCACCGACAGAACUCGCGGUCGUGCGGCGGGUCGCCAUCAACGAGGCCCUCUUCUGGGUGAACAGCACCGACGCAAACUACCACUCCGGGCUGGCGGCGAGCCUGACCUACGACAUCCUGAAGCUGGUGCGGAGGAGGCUGCCGGGCCUGCGGGAGCUCAUCUUCGUGCCCCGCGACGAGAACCCCGUCUACAGCGACACGGCCAUGUUCGUGGAGCCGCCCAUCGUCCAGACGCGGAUCACGAGGCAGGUCGCCACCGCCGUGCGCAUGCUGUGCGAGAAGUUCCCCCACUGGAGCCCUCCGCGGUGGAAGAUCAUGACGCUGAGUGCGGUCCCGGACCCCCCGGUCUACGAGCGCGGUGUCCUGGGCUACGGGGACGGGCAGAGCAGGAGGAGUGCCAUAAUGGAGACGAUCAUGCAGCGAUCAAGGGAUAUGGAGGCGCUUGAGGACGAGGAGGCGGCGACGGACUAG